AUGUCAGAAGACGACACUGCACCCCUCAAAACAUCUAGGAGGAGAAGAACAAUGUCAGGAAAAAGGAGGGCAGUCCUUUCGGAUUCUGAUGAAGACCACGAAUUGUCUCAGAUCUCUGACGUGAAACACAAGGCAUACAAUUUCCGGGGUAGAGAUAAACAACCCUCGUACAACAAAGGCAGUGCACGCGCAGUUGCAAAGAUGAGCUUAGAGAAACAACUUAUAUCUAGCUCCGAUGACGAACUUCCGAAAAAAACACACAGACGUACGACCCGACCGGCGCUAACGUUGGACUCCGACACGACCCCCGAGAGUGAAAGUGAUAAAAGGGCGGAAAAAGAGCAGAUACAUCAAAACGAGAAAUCACAGAAUACCUCUACCUCACAAAUCUUGCCAUCCAGUAGAAAGAAUAUUCUAACGCAACAAGAUAACCAAUGCUCAACUCUGAAUGCAUGUAAGCCAAUUGAUAAAGAUAACGUCCGUUCAAGAUGUAUCACACAAAAGACAUUAGAUGGUUCUCUGAGCAAGGAUGCUGUCAGUAGAAUACCUAGCAUUACAGAUGAUUUGGAUUCUAAUGAUGAUCCCACCUCUGACGCGCAGUUAGUGGAUGUCUUGGAUUUUAAACAACUUGUGAAUACUGAUAGCAGUGACAGUGACGUUGUAUCUAGUAGAACUCGGAAACGAGUCAAGAAAAUCCUGGUUGACACUGACGAUGAGGAGGAAAACGUCACACAUGAGGAGAG